AUGGAAAAACUGGGCUGCUAGGAAAUGGCUGAGGACUGUUAAAUGAUGUUCUCGGAAAGGAAAGCUCCAGUGAAUCAGUUCCUGUGUCGUGCACAUCUCUGCCAGGGUCAGCUCAUCUCCUCACGCUCCAUUAACACAGCGGAGGACUUGGAGAAGGCUGUGAUGUGCUUCCUGAAGGCCAUAGAGAUUGCCAAAGACAAGUGCAGAUAUCAUUUCCUGGUCUUCAAUUCUUCACUGCUGUACUUCCAAGCGGUCCGGCAGCUCCUGAGACCUGGUCAGCGGCAGCUCCUUGUGGAUUCACUCUCACAGGUUCUCAAGGCUCUGGAGGAGGUUCAGGAUCCGGAUCAUGCAUGGAGAGCUGAGCUGAUGCUACAUCUGGUUGAAUGUUUUCUGGAUGCUGGGAGGAGGACAGAAGCGGCCGACAUGGCUAAGGUCACCUACCAGUUUAUAGAUGCACAUAAACCAGAGCUGCGUCCCAGGAUUUUCUCCAUACUGGUUCGACACAAUCUCAUGGAUGUCUCCAAAAUGUUAAAGGAUGAAAACCCUAAACUGCUCGUGAUCCACAAGAUCCAAAAGCUCAAACAUAUGGCUGAUGUCAGUGUGUUGAAGAGAGAGGAUGGACAGACCGCUCUAAUGGAGAUCCUCCAGCUGGUCAUCCAGACACCAGAACACAGAGAAUCCGUCAGCCACAGCUCCAGAGCUUCAUCCGUCAGCCGCACAUCUGCUGCUUCACCCAACAUCAGCCCAAGAGGAUCUGCUACUCCACCUGUCAGCCCCAAAGGAUCCACUACUCCACCCCUGAUCCCCAAAGGAUCCACUAUUCCACCCUUAAGUCCCAAAGGAUCCACAACUCCACCCUUAACCCCCAAAGGAACCAGUACUUCACCCAUUGUGACCCCUAAAGGAACCACUACUCCACCCCUUGUGACCCCUAAAGGAACCACUACUCCACCCCUUGUGACCCCUAAAGGAUCAACUACUCCACCCAUAACCCCUAAAGGAUCUCCUACUCCACCCAUAGCCCCUAAAGGAUCAACUACUCCACCCAUAACCCCUAAAGGAUCUCCUACUCCACCCAUAGCCCCUAAAGGAUCAACUACUCCACCCUUAACCCCUAAAGGAUCUCCUACUCCACCCAUAGCCCCUAAAGGAUCAACUACUCCACCCUUAACCCCUAAAGGAUCUCCUACUCCACCCAUAGCCCCUAAGGGAUCUCCUGCUCCACCUGUUUUGAGCCCCAGAGGAUCCGCUACUCCAGCGGUCAGCUCCAGAGGAUCCAUCCACUCCAGUCUGGGCCACAGCUCCUCCAUCCCACUGAGCGACAGGGUUGAUCUGCUGUUGGAGCUGGGGUUUCUCUCUCUGGAGCUCCAGCAUCUUCAGAUAGUCGUCCUCUGCCUGAAGGAGCUCAGAGACACACACGGACUCACAGUGGGUCAGCUUGUUCUGCUGGAGUGUGUCCAGUGUGAGCUUGACCUUCACACACACUCACACCCACACCGAAUAGAGAAAUACUCCAGAUCUGCUGUGGAGCUCCAGCUGGGUGUGUUGCUGCGUCUGGAGGCGCUGCUGCAGAAGGCCAUGAAGGAAGCAGACGCUGCUGUGGUUCAGGCUGUGUGUGUGUGUGUGUGGAACACGUGUCUGCCGCUGCUGCAACACAACCUGAGGAGGAGAGUCAAGAAACCGCUGAUCACACUCACUCGCGCACUGGAGGACACACACAGUGUACUGCUGGAUGUCCUGUGCUGUGCUCAUGCUGAACUGGCAUCUGUAUCCGAGGACGAGGAGAGUCUGGAGUCUGCAGUAAAUCACCUGGAGAGAUCAGUGUGUGUGUGUCCACAGAGCGAGCGUCUGUCCUCCCACCUGCACCGCCUCCGUCUGCGUGCCUCCAUACACACACACACUACUCCUGCUGGAGCCCUGGAUCACGCACACACACUCAUACUGCAGGCUGGAGAGGUCAGAGGUCGUGGCUUUGUGAAGAAGUGUCGCCCUCUACUGGUCCGUGCAGGAAUCACACUCGCUCCUGAAGCUUUCCAGAGAGUUCUUGAUGCUGACCGCAGGAUCACAGAUGCUGAAGGUCUGGAGCUGCUCGCUGCUAAAGCUCAGCAUCACAUCAGUUGUGUGCAAAAGGUGGAGGAGCAUCUGUCUGGACUGAACAACAGCUCAGAUCACGCUCAGAGGGUCAGAUUGUGGGCGUCUCUGGCCAAAACUGCCCGUAAGCAGGAGGUGUUUGAUGUGUGUGUCGCCGCCUGCCGCUUCUGUCUGCUGUAUGAUGACGGCCGCUGGAGAAGCACAGGUGAACAGGAGAGUCCAGAGACAGAGAGAGAACUGCUGCGACUGCUGGCUGAGGUCCACUUCAUCAGUGCAGAGGUAACCAUUUUAAAACUUCGCUCUGAGGGGGUGGAGCUGAAUGGAUCUGCUGUACCACCUGAUAAAAGAAAGACACGCCCACCUGAGGAUGACGCCCACUGGAAGCUGUACAGUGAUUGGAUCAAGAAUCUGUCGGCUUACGCUACUGGUCAGUUCCUGCGAGGGGCGGAGCUGGGGGCGGAGCUGUGCGAGGCAUGGCUGGUGGUGAAUGCAGCAGUUUAUCUGUGGAACUACAGCAGUGAUUUACUGUCCAGAGGAGAAUAUCUGCUGCUGCUGCCCACAUUCAGCCGCAUGCUGGAGCUGCUGAGACACUCAGGGCAUGCUGGUGAGCUGGUUGUGCUGGUGCUGCUGUGUGACGCUGUGGCUCAGGGACUCCUCCAGCAGUGUGUGUGUGUGGAUCCGGAACCCCAGAGCGCAGUAAAAGCAGCAGAAAAGACUAAGAAAAGUCGAGGAAAGAUUGUGGAAAAAACAGGCUUCACUGCGGGCCCUCAGCUGGACACGGCGGCUCUGCAGGACAUCAGGAGAGCUUUAGAGGUGUGCGAGUAUGCUCUGAAGCUGUCCAAUGGAAACACUGAUCCAGUGCCUAUCAUGGUGAGGAAGAAGCUCUUGAGCACGUGGGUCUCCGUUAAACAGCAGCUUCAGCAACAGAUCGGACUCAAACUGGACAUCAAUGAUGAGAGUGAAAAUGAAGCCAUCUCCGCCAUGUCUCGAGUGCUGGUCGCUGUGGAGAUGCUUCAGUGUAACAGGAAGUCCAAACUGAUGGAGUUUACAGUUCCUGCUCUGUCUGUGCUGGUGGAGAUGGCGUCAGGCGCUCAGUGGUCUGAUCCUGCUGUAGAGCUCUGUGUGUGGACUCAACUCGCUCUGUCUGCUCAUCAGACCCGUGAUCAUGACCUCGUCCUGACCUGCACCCAUAAUGCACUGCAGCUGGAGCAGAGGGCCGUUCACAGACUGAAGACGGACUCCAGCGCUCUGCUGAGUGUGUGUUCAGUGCAGGAGAUGCUGAGCAGUGCAGUGUGUGUGAGAGGUCAGAGUUUGCUUCAUGAGGCCAGAGCUCAUCACAGCACAUACAUGGAGGGUCUGCGAGCGCUGCUGUCCGCCGUCAGGCUAGCGGAGCAGGCGGGCAGCUGGCCUCUGUGUGUGAGCGCAGCAGGUCUCUACUGGACCUCCUGUGUUUCUCUGCUGGACUCCAGACGCCUCCGAGCACAGCUGAGAGAACCACUGGAGGUCAUCCUGAAGACCCUGACACGCACACACAGCAAACACACACGCGGCAAACUUAAGCAAGCGUCUUUACUGAAGCAUGGAGGAGCAGUGAUGGAGACAUCUCAAACCACACCUGCUGGUGAUGGUGUUGAAGAGCUGAAGCUCUGGUUGUGUGUGUUAAAGGCUGUGCUGAGUGUUCAUGCAGACGCUGCAGACUGGAGGAGCAGCAUUCACCUGCUGGAGGAGAUCCUGAGAGAGACUGCAGACGCCACACAGCAGAGAGUGCUGUUGCAGCAGCGUGUGGAGCUGAAGGCCAGGUUGUGUGUGUGUGUUCUGCUGGACGUGCAGCAGCUCUGCAGUGGUGAAGAUGAGGUCUUCUGCUCUGCUAUGUGGCGUCGAGCAGCUCUCUGUACCACAGACACACAACAGCGGAUCCGCUACUACCACAACGCCAUCACUGCGCUCAUGUCAUCUGCAGUGGAGCUCCAGAAGGUGGACGUUCUGCUUGAGUUCAGUGAGUUUCUGUACCACACACACUCUGCUGUGAGCGAUGCCCGUCUGCAGCUGGAGCACGCCAUACACCUGCUGCUGCGCACACACACUCAGACCCACACAGUGAGUGUGUAUGAGCUGCGUGAAGUCAGUCGUCUGGAGCGUCUCCUCCGAGCACACACACUCCUGGCUGUCUGCGAGCAGCGUGCGUCACACACACAUCUGCAGCUCCUGCUCUCGGCCUACAGCUGCACUCUGCACAUCUGGAAGGUCUCUAUUGAGAGUGCUCAGGAUCUGUUGACUGCUCCUGAAGCGGCUCCUGCUGUGAGGUCCAGCAGCUCCAGGAGAGACAACAGAGCCGACGACAAGAAGAGCAAACAGGUGUCUCCUGAAGAGGACGGUCUCCAAGCUGCAGAUGUGUAUGUUCCCGCUGGUGCGCUUCAGUGGGCUCAGUUUGUGUGUCCAGACGAACUCCGGGUGCUGUUCAUCACAGACUGCAGUCCAUACAGCAUCAACACUUCCAGCGUCAGUCUGCAGAGACAGACUCUGCGGUGUGUGGAUCUGCUGGUGCAGGAGCUGCAGGCACUCUCUCUGAUCCCGCUGACCUUUGCUCCUUUACACCUGGCAGAGGUCAUCGCCCACGACCUGAUGGACAACAGGAGUCUGUCUGACCUCUACCGCCUGAGGAUCAUCAGGAACUGUGCUGAUAUACAUCUGGAGUCUCCAUACUCUGAGCAUCUUCUGAGUCUCUGUAGUCUUCCUGAAGAAGAACUCAUGCGGAUGCAGAGAGACAUCGCCAAUGAGAGACGCACUGCAGAUACUGAGGAGACGAACACACACACUGAACACACACUGACUGAUGUCUGGCUGCUGAAGGCUGAAGUGUGUGUCAAUAUGAAGCUCUUCCAGCCGGCUCGAGUCCUGCUCACACACACAGAGCGCAGUGCACAGGAUCUCGGUGAUCGCACCUCAUUGGCUAAGAGUUUACUGCUGCUGGCCGUUCUGGCCAAUGAGGAGCAGCGAUACAGCGAGGCUUUGCUGCUGCUGCAGGAGGUGCAGCUGAUUGGAGGAGACCAGGAGUUCUGUUUCCAGACCGCACAAACACUGAUGACCACCGUAGUGGAGCUGGAGGAGCACAACACACUCCAGCAGGUGUGUUUGAUCACGGAGCAGGCCUGCAGGACCCUCAGAGCGGCUCAAGAUGAUGGACAGAGCAGAGCGUCAGUACUGCGCUUCUACAGCGCCUCACUGCAGCUCAGGGGAGCAGUGAUCCGCCUGCGUCUGCUGAGGUGUGUGUCUCCAUCAGUGGAGAUGUUGACUGCGCUGUGUGAAACACUGACACACACUCGUGCAGAACUGCUGCAGCUGGGGUUCAGGACAGAUGCUGCUGAGGCUGCGCUCCAGCACGCACACACACUCAGACUGCUGUCUGCUUGUUCAGAGACAGCAGAAGAGAAACAGCAGUGGCUCCUGCAGGCCUUCAGGCUGAUGCAGAAGGCGGUGAGCGUCCAGGAGGAGGAGCUGGAGCGGGUACACAACAUCCUUACACAGCACCAGAUGGGUUGGUCUGAUCUCCCAUCAGUGCGGGUGUGUGUUGGACUCAGGCUGGCUUUGUCUGAUCUGGCUCUUAUCAUGCUGGAGCUCCAGUGCUUAGAGCAAAACAGAAAGUCCAUGGCCAGAGACAGGAAGUCCUCUGCAGAAAGAGUUCUAGAAGAUUACCUGAGGAGCAGCUCUGAGCUCAACCAACACCAGAAGGAGUGGUCUGCGGUGGGCCGCUCUCUGGCUCAGGUGGCUCUGACCAAUCUCUCUGCUGUCCAUGGGCUCUCGCUGGACGCUGUGGAGACCAGAGCUCGAGCCCUCGGUAUGAUGGGAAGGUGCCUGAGGCUGUUAGCGCAGCAGAGAGACCCGCUGUAUCCCGCCACACUCUGGAACCAGUCUACCAUGGAGGAGGAGGAGGAGGAAGAGCAGCUGAUGAAGAUGACUGAAGCGCAGAGGAGAACACGUGAAGACAAAAGAGCAAAACUGCUGAGUGAGCGCAGGGCAGCGCAGAAUCUCUAUGCUCAGGCCAGUGAGUGUCUCAGUCAGUGUGUGUGUCUCAGUCUUCAGCACAAUCUUCCUGCUCUUCUCCCUGGUGUGUGUGUGGAUCUCCUGGAGUGUGUGGGGCAGUGUGACGCCACCAGCAGUGGACAGCACCUCGCACUCAUGCAGAGUGCUGUGUGUUGUGUGCAGUUGUUGUGUGUCCUGCAGCAGGUCUCCUCCAGCAUCAGUGUGUGUGGUGUGUUUUCUCUGCUGAACCUGCGGGAAAAGCUGAUCUCUGUACAGGGGCUCCGAGAUGGUGGCGUACAGACAGCACUUACCCGAGAGCUGCACACACUCUCUACGGCCUGCAGUCAGCUGACCAUGAACCCCAAACACCUGAGCAUUCUGGGAGAAAUACCUGCACACUUCAGGAUCCUGCUGCUGCAGCACUCUGAGGACAGUUCUGUGCUGUAUGGAGGGUUUUUUGAGAAGGUUAAAACCACAGACAGUCAGAAGGGGAAGAGUGUGACAGGUGGAUUAAUCUGCACUAAAGUGGUGAAAGCCUCUGUUGAGCACUCGUCUCUACUGCAGCUCCAGAAACAACUGAAGGAGUUCAAGAAUCUGAACAAACAGAGCAAAACACACGAAAGUAAAGAUGGAAAGCUGGAUGAGAGUUUCCGAGCUCUUGUUGAAGAAAUGGAGGAGUACCUGCGGCCUGUGCUCUCACAGUUUGACUUCUCAUGCUUUAGUGUUUUCUCUGCGUCUGAAACCAACGCCACAUCAACCCGCUCCAGAGACAAGGAGGAGAAAACCACUGAUAAGACACAGACAGAUGUGUCUGAGUGUGUGGUGAUCCUCGCUGACCGCCCGCUGCUGGAGUUUCCAUUAGAAGCAUUGAGUGUAUUUCAGAUGAACGGCGUCAGCUCCGUAUCCAGAGAUUUCUCACUGCAGAUUCUUCAUUCACGUCUGCACACAGAGGACAGCGUUGAAAGUGAGCAUAAAAAGGAGGCCAAAGGUGUGCGAGUGGUCAAGGGGAGAAGCGAUCAGAGCCGCAGCAUCAAAGCGGGCCCGGUCAGUCGUGUCCCUCCCCCAAAUGCAGUCCCGUUGGACACACACGGGUUCAGAUAUGUGGUUGAUGAUCAGGAGGAAGACGAUGGAAAGCAGACCGAGAGUUUGAGUCCGGCACAGAUCAUGAGGAAGAUCAUCACACACACUCCACAAUUUACAGCUCAGUGGGAGGGACUGAUGGGUGGCCGACAAACAUGCAGUGUUUCAGAGCUGGAGCAGAUGCUGGAGUCCUGCAGCGCCUUCAUCUACUGCAGCAUCAAGAGCUUUUCCUCCUGUUUCCCUCCUGUAAAGAUGGCCACGCUCAAUCUCUGUGGUUGUCAGAUGGUUUUACUCUUUGACUGCGGUCAGAACACAGACGGAGGCCAUGAGAGCCACAGUGCUGUGUGUGCAGACGCUGCUCUCAGCUCAGUGUAUCUGCUGACUCUCAGUGGUGUUCAUUCUGUCCUGAUCAACCAGUGGCACAGCAGCAGUGCUGAAAACACACACAACAUGAGCUUCAUGCUGAACCAUCUCCUGGAAGGUGGACUGAUGUCAGGACGAGCCGUUCAUGUUUUACGAACACACAGAUCAGAAAACACAGAAUCCUGCAGUCAGACAGCUGUAAAUGAAGAUGUGUGUGCAGACGCUCAGAGAAACGCCCUCAGCUCUUCACAUUUUAACCUGGUCAUGUAUGGGCUUCCGCAUGUGGUGGUGACAUGAACACCAGUGUGAUCUCUCUCUCUGCUAAUAAAGUCAAUCAAUGCCUGAUUAAAGAUAUUAAACAUGCCCUAUUUAUUCUGCUUCUGAGCUGUUCUGAAGCUUUUUCACAUUGUAUAUCUUAGAAAACAUAUGCUCUGAUUUAAAAUAAGGUCUCAUUAGGUUUCUGAAGCAUUUUAUUUCUUAACUACCAUUAGAACAUUUAAAACAUUUCUUUUCUUAAAGGUGCAGUAGGUGAGGCAUGCACUCAAUUCAGGGGGUUCAUUACCACAACGUCAAAUAGGCGUGGCAUGGUCGGUGUUUAGAAAACGCCCCCUUAAAAAAAACAACAACAGCAUUAAGAGGUCACUGGUCAUGCGCAGAAUAGCUUUUUUUUGUUUAGUUUUUAUUUCGUUGCACAGUUAUUUUAAAUACAGAAUCACAUUAGCU